AGGUCCAGGUUCAUGGAGAAACGGAAGAUUUAGGUGAAAAUGACAUCUUGAAUCACCAGCUGAACAAUGAAGACAACGUUGUCAGUGAACUUCAGAUUGAACGACAAGAAAGUGAAGUUGCCUUUUCAGCGUUGUCCAAAUCAACCAACCUGUCUGAUCUUCAUGCCAUGCUGAGAGAGAUGAGCUUAGAGCUGCAACAGACAAAACGGACGUUGGAGGAACUAAAGAGAGAGAAUCUGGAUGGAAAGGUGGCGUUCUCCGCUUCCUUCUCUACAUCAGGGGGUGGCUAUGUAGGGCCCUUCUCUGGGACCACCAAUCAAGUGUCCCUUAUCUUCAGACACGUCUUCGUCAAUGUUGGAAAUGCUUACAACCCAAACACAGGUUCGUUUUUAUCCCCAACCAGAGGGGUCUACGAAUUCAAGAUCUAUCUUUACACCCAUGCACACACCUCAUACCCAGCAGCAGCUUUCUUGGUUAAAAACGGAGAACGGAUCGUUUUAGCUUAUGGUAAAUCAGAUAACUACCAAGUGAACACGGCAAAUGCUGUCACACUAAAGAUGGAGGAAGGCGAUGUGGUCAAUGUUCGUCCCCAAUCAGGUGCAAGGUUCUAUGAUAAUGAGAACCACCACUGCACCUUCAGCGGCCAAUUGCUGUUCACCUUAUAAAAGUUACCAUUUGGAUAAAUCCUUUAGUAAGUGUAAGAAAU